AUGGAGUCCAAGUUAAAGUUGCUCGAAGAAACACAUUCUCAAAACCUAGCAUCAGUUUUUGCGCAACACAGCAAAGAGAUUGAGGAAAUCAAGGCAAGCGCAUCUGAGCUCAAAGGAGGUGAAUCAAACGAAGCUGCGCAACAAGAAGUACAGAUGUUGCAGCAAGCAAUGGAUGAUACUAUGCAAGAGUUGGCAGAGCAACAUCAGGCCAUUGAAAAAGAAGCUGAAACAAGAGUUCUUCGGUUGAUAGACACAUUGCUUAAAGUAAGCACUGAUCGUCUUCGUGAGUUCGUUUUCAACCUUGAGUCUCCAGUGUACUCUAAUACUGACAUUCCAACUGCAGAGUACCUAGGUACCAUGUUGGAGAAAGUUUCCCACUUGAGUACUCAGUUUUCCACCACCAUGACAGAUUACAUCGCAGAUAAUAUGAGAGGAGACAGUGAAAGUGGCCUCAUCAAAGCUAUCACAGAGUUUACUGAUUCGAUCGGCAAUUUGUUCUCAAAUGUUAAGGCGGUUCUUCGUGAUCGUAAGGACGAUGUGCAGGAAAUUCUUGUCGAGGGCGCAAAAGACCUUGCUCACAUGGUUGAGCUAUUUUUCGAAUCGAUGCUUAGCGACCACUUGUUGAAGCUGGAAAUUCAUGAAAGGACCGACAGAGUCAUCACUGGCAACAUCAAUGUGCAAGAAGUCAUUCAAAGCUUGAUGCAGGUCGUCGAAGUAUUCAGGGACCCUGGUAGGAAAAGCCCCGUUUCCUCUGACGAACUUGGCUACUUCUUAGACAAGGAGCUUGCAAACACACAAGCAGCAGUUGAAAAGGCAGCAGACCUACUUGAGUCAAUGUCAACCCGACACAAGCUUGAGGUCCAGGAGGGUGGUUCCCUUGAGGUAAAUGAAGCAAUCAUCUCUUGCGCUAGUGCUAUCAUAAAUGCUGUCAAAUUGCUGUUGGAAGCUUGUAUAGAAGCACAGGAGGAAAUUGUAUCUCGUGGAAAGGGGUCCUUGUCCAGAGCUUUAUUCUACAAGAAAAAUAAUCGCUGGACCGAAGGUCUUAUAUCGGCCUCAAAACAAGUUGCUUACGCAACUGGUAUACUCAUUAGAAUGGCAGACGGUGUUUUAGCCGGAACAAACUCGAGUGAGGAGCUAAUUGUCGCAUCUAACGAGGUUGCAUCGGCUACUGCGCAGCUAGUCUCUUCUUCCCGUGUUAAGUCGGAUCUAAUGUCACAAAGCCAUUUAAAUUUGGAGGAAGCAUCAAGGAAGGUUACAUCUUCCUGCAAAAUGUUAGUCACCAAGGUUAGGAGUCUUUUGCUCACCGACGAGAGCAAUAAAACGGUUGAUUACUCGCAACUCACCGCCCACGAGAACAGAACAGCUGAGCUCGAACAGCAGGUGGAGAUACUCAAACUCGAAAGUGCACUUUCUCAGGCUAGGAAACGGCUCGGUGAAAUUAGAAAAUUCAGCUACAGAGAUGAAGAAUCCUAG